AAAUUUGCAUUCUCAACCCUGCAGUCCUGCAUAAUAUAAUAAAACCUCCUAUUCACUUGUCUAGAGUCCAGACUCGGUUUUUUUUGUAUCUCGAACCAUCUCCUUCUUUCAUCUUUAUCUUCACUUCUAACAGCAAACAUGUCGGCAUACUAUCGGGAAUCCACCUAUCCCCUUGCCAAAGCCACUGUAGAACCGUAAUUGUUCUAAGCCGGAACUCAUCUGCUUCAUCAAUAAAAUUGCUACCGGGUAAGAUUUAUCCUUUUUAUUCUGAGGGUCUAUGAAAUAAGAAGAAAACCCCCUUCUUCUUUUUUAAAGUCCGAAUUCAAUUAUCACUUUAACUGAUAUUUGUAUGAAAAUUACGAAUUGAUUAGAUGAGAUGUCUGCUAUUUCAAAAGUUUAUAGUGCUAAUUGCUAUUAAAAUUUUAUGAUGUCGGUUGAUUAUGAGAUGCCUCACUCAAAAAGAGAAUAUUUUUUUGAGUGACAUGAUUGCUGUUCUUCCGGGACAAGACAAGCUUAUGUAUUUGCUUGGGGAUAUGAUCGGAUUGCAAUUUCUAAUGUGCUAAAAGGUUUGAUUUAAGGUUCUUGUUGUUGUUUGCUUCAUUUGUUUUCUUAAUUCCUCAAUAAGCUGCAUGUUUUUAUUUGCUUCGUAUGUAUGCAUAUACCUUAAAUGACACUUGAAAACAGAACGCAUAGAGUAACCUCUUUAUAAGAACAUACAUAUGUUCUUUUAUAUAGAUCUUGUUGGGUUAAUGGCCCAAGUAGAAGUUCGGCCCAUUUACCCCUUUUAUUCGGACGGACGUUCGGACAGAACUAGGUAGGCUAAGCUGACAGGCAACUUGGAAGGGACGCACGUUGUCACCAAAGCCUGGGUUUACCCGCCAUAUCAACGAACGUCUACGCAGUCAACAAGGAACAGGCCGACAGGCCCCCAGAAUGACGACGAACGUCGUCAGAAGCAAGCCCAUAGCCGUUGGAGGCAGUCCAAUCCACAUGGCGAAAUCCACAAAGGGCCAGAGGACGAACGGCCCGAUACCCUUUGGGAAAGCACCAGGAGCGAAUCACCUCCCCACCUGGACGAACGUCGCCACUAAUUAGGCGGGAAACCUAGAUUCUGGCGGGAAGUGCAUUUAAUGCUGAAGAUUUGGUGGUUGAGACACCAGCCAUCCGCAGUCCUCCACGUCAGCGUAGCCUACUGCCCAUUGGCGGUAUAAAUAGAAGCAUUUAUUUCAUUGUAAAGGGUUGGCAACUUUCUAUUCUUAGCAAUCUAGCUAUAGCAUUCUUAUUCAUAGCACUUCUACUACCUUGUAAGACGAACGGCCGACGAGCCUUAGCGAAAGUAUUGUAUUAGGGAGUUAUUAACAGAUAAUAAUACCUAAUCACUUAUUCGCUGCUUACUGUUCUCCUUGAUCCAUAUCACUUGCUAGUUGGGCUAGAUAUUCAUAUACACUCCACUCGAAAUCCUUGGGCUUACGUGUUGGACCCGAGGGUUGAAGGAAUAAACCUCAACACUGGCGCCGUCUGUGGGAAACUGAACUAAAAGUUUCCAAAACUUUCCCAAACAGCUACUAAAUCUACCCACAACAAGCACGAUGGCAAGAAACAACCAACCACAUGACCUUUCGGAGCGAUUGUCUCGCGGACGGAGGAGCCGCGGGCAAACCACUGAGCGUUCAGAAACGCUGGGAACUGCCAGGGACGACGGUGGCCUCACCAACCUCAUCCCACAUGAGGCCAGACGCGAUCCCCGGCUCAUGAGGGAGCUGGCAGAAACCAUGCGCUGAAUGGCUGACGAGGAGGUGUACUCGGCCAACACCAUCUGGACGGCCAUACCGCCAAUCCACCACAUGCAGUCCCUGGAUGAGACAGCGGAUUCUGCAGAAUGCCGGGCAUCCGUCCACACGAGGUUGGGCCGGAGCCCGUCGGCAGGGAGCUCCCAUGGGACUAGGGGGCUCACCAAUGCCAGCACCCCACACUAUGGUUGGCAGGACGAUCAUCGGGGACGCACGCCGGAUAAUCCAUCAGAAUGUCAGGAUACGGCACCCACCCCAGCUGCCAGCAACAUUGGACGACGUUUCCAAAGCAACAUUGGACGACUUUUAGCGGUCUUCUUUUAAUAGUCUGACCUUUUUCGUUAUUCAUGAAUAAUCCAACCUUUGCAACUCAUCUUCAUUCAUUGGUCUGCGACCGGUUGAUGACCUGCUAUUCCGAGUUAUUUUCUUAUCUCUUCAAACUAUUAUACCAUAAAUUCCACCUUUCACAAAGAUAAUAUUUUGCAAAGAUAAGAAAAUAACUCGGAAUAGCAGGUCAUCAACCGGUCGGGGACCAGUGAAUGAAGAUGAGGUGCAAAGAUUGUAUUAUUCAUGAAUAACGAAAAGGUGGAACUAUUAAAAGAAGACCGCUAAAAUGUUGGAUUAUUAGUUUCCAUUUUCCCUAAAAUUAAUGAGUAAAACCUUUUUUUUUUUUACUGAAAGUAAAACCUUAAUUAGGUUUUAACUUUAGGAAAAGAACGUUUUCCAAAAAAAACUUUAGAAAAAGAACGAUCAAAAAAAAUUGAAAGGAAAGAAAACAAAUUGGAAAAGCGUUGGAAUUAGUGGAAAGAAUUUCUAUGUGAGUUUCCGUGAGCACAAGGCUAUAAGACAGUGUAAGAGGACUAAUCCGUCCAAGAGUAGAAUAAUAGAGGCGCGCCUAGUCACUUUGGUGGUGCACAAAGCAACACCCCCAUGUUGACUACCUGUAUUGUUUUUGAGAAAAUAAAAUAAAUAUCCAAAACUUGUAUAUUUAUAUUAUCGUAAAAAUAUCCAAAACGUGUAUAUACGAUAGUAUAUAAUAUUAUCGUAUAUAAAAUAGUACUACGUAUAUAAUAUACUAUCUUUGUCUCGUUUUAUUUAGCCAUUUUUUACGUUUUCAAUUAAAGAUGAUAAACUUUGAUCCAUUAUUUUAAUUAAUAUAUUUAUGUGAAAAUUAAUAAAUUUAUACUUUUGUGAUUGUAUUUUAACAAAGAACAUUUCAUAUCAUUUUCAUAUUAUCAACAAUUACCGUGUAUUAAUAUAUAAUCCGUCAAAAUUUAACAUCUUUGACUUGGAAAAUAGUGAUUAGCUAAAUAAAAAGGGACGGAGGGAGGAUAUCUCAACUCUUAUGGUGUUAAAUACAUAAUUUUAAAUACACAAAACAUUUAUGAUGAUCCAAUUAAUAGCAUCUUAUACCAAAUAUAAUAUUAUUUAUUUCAAAAAUAAAAUUUUAGAAUGCAUCCAAACAAAGCUUAGAGAGUUUUAAGUUAUAUACUUGUCCAAUAAGUUUAUAUUUGCAAAACAUAUAUAAUGAGGGUGAAAAAAUAUCUUUUUAUAUAAAACCUCUACAUACUCAGGAGAUGAUUUUAUGGGCAAUGCUUCAGAGAGCGAGAAAAGAACUCAUAUAUCGUUAGAGGAGGAUCUAUGGGAUUCUGACGCAAAUCAGGAUAUUUGCUACAAAUCUCGAAUAAUGGUCACAGUGGAAAACUGCUUACCAACACAGAACUUGAACACUCAAAUCAAAGUGUACAGGAAAAAGCAUCAAUGUUCACAUCACAUGCGAACUAGAUCUCAAUCAAGAGUGGAAUUCGGAAGACUCGAUUAAGCUCAUAGGGACAGGUUCCAGGGAUGUUUUUCUUAUUGUACUUUGGGUUGUUUUUGUUUUUUGUUCCUUUUAGCUACUUUGCAUUCUGUUUUUCUCGUGUACUUUCUCCUCUCUUACUUCAAUAAAAUUUCAUUUCUCCAAAAAAAAAUAUAUAAAAUUCGGGUAUAUGUAAACCUCUUCACAAUUAUGGCAUAUCAUCAAUACGCAGAACUCACGCUUUCUAAUUGAGUAUACACGUCGAAAGCUAGGUUUUUCUCUUGCUUUUCGAGAACUAGGUUUUCUCUCGCGUGUCCAAAGUGGUGCAAUGUCGCACUUAUGCGGUUAGUUUUUCUUUGACAUUUUGAUCAGUGCACAGUCGAGAAAAGAUAAUUAUGACUUCUAUGUAUGCUCUAGAGCAGCGUUGUCCCAUUCCAGCAAUUGAGGAGGAGAUCGAAGAGUUAGCUUUUGGGGGUCAACAUGGGUGGAGGGCGGUGGCGGUAGUGGAGGCAGCACGGGCAACGAGCAAACAUGGAAAAGUGAAGGGCUGAGCAAGAGAGAAGACAAAUCGGUGGUCCGCCCCUCUCCUGAACCACCGUCUUGAAGCGAUCGAGGAGCUAGGGUUUGGAAGAUUUAUCAGAUAUUUUAUUUUUUAUGGUCUUAUUUUCGCGUUAUGUUUUAUGUUUCUCUAUUUUUGUUGAUGUCUUUAGUUCUUGUCUAUAAUAAUGAUUGGCAAUUCUGCUGGAUAUUUUGUCGUUAGAAUGAUCUAUAUUGUCUGUGAUUGUUGUGUCACGCCCGUUUUGGUGGUUUGCAAUUCAUAUUGCUCUUUCAGGAGUGAUUGUCUCUGAGUCUAGCGUAGGGUUAAUAGUGCUAGUUGGUUACGGAUAGGUGUUGUCAAUAUUGUUGGUCUCUUGGAAUUUGUUGUAACAAUCUGAAUCCCAAUAAUAUUAAUAUAAUCAGUUUUUCCUUAAAAAUAAAAGUUCGAGUAUGUAUUGUUGACCCAAGUUUGGGUGCUUCUCUCACACCUUUUCAAAGUUUAAGUUAUUUAUGUUAUUUUUCUCAUUUUUUAUGUCAAGUUCAAAAAUAGGUAAUUAGGAAUAAAUUGCUUAGAGUGUCUAUCGAAUGUUUUUUUAAUAUAAUUUGCAUCCAGUUUAGCACAACAAUGACUUAACGUUUAACUUAAAACUAAAUUAUACAUAAUACAUUUAACCAAAUAACGUAUUUUUAUUUGUUAUGUAAGUACGUGAUUGAUUCUCUAGAUUUUCCUUGUAAUCAUUCUCAAUGCAAAAUUUUAGAGUCUGUUUGGUAUCUCUAUUUUUCGGCUUAUCAAUCAAUUUUUAUUUUCACCAAACACGUAACUCUUGAUUUUGCAUGCUGAAUUGUGUAAUAAUAAGAAAAGUAAGGUUGAAGUUAGUUUUCUAAUUGUAUUGGCUGAAUUACUGUAGAGAAUCAUUUUAGCUAUUUUUAUAUAAUUUUUUCUUUAUUUUAUUAAUAAAAAAUAUUUUAAAUAUAAUAUUUUCAUAAACCAGCAGAAUCCACCAAUCUAUCCACUUCAACCGAAUCUUCAUAAAUUUCAGUUGAACCAGUCGAUUCAGACAAUAUAAAUGUUACCAAACGGACUCCUAAUGUCUUGACUAUUAAAAAGUAUGAGACUUUUGUGAAGACUUAGCUUUAUGGUUCAGCAUCAUUACGUGAAAAUAUUAUACAAGUGACACACACCAUACCUAAUUCUUAUGUGAAGUCUUUGAGCUCAAAUUAAACAAGAUAUAUUUCAAAUAUUGAUCUCUAGUAAUCAUGUUAAUCAAUGUUUUCUCUCAUCUCAAGCGGCAAUGUUUUCUCUCAUGUUAGAUGUAUGGUUUUAUGAGCCCAUUUUUAAUCCGUCCAAGUCGGGAUUAUCUGGUGUUAUUAUAAAUAUUAUUAGAACACAGACAUUAAUAUAGCCAAAUAUCUAAAAAAAAAAAAACAUUUAGAAUUCCGGAGUACGGAGCACUCUUUAAUUAAUUAUUAUUAAAUUACAACAAUAAUAAGAAUAUUAAACUAUUAUUAAUCCGAGAAGGAAUUAAAAUACUACGUCUAUUAAUACUUGAUUAGGAUACUUUAUUUAUUACCUCAUAAUCCUACUUGAUCAUGACUGCCAUAGUCAUUAACUUAUUAGGACUAGGACUGGGAUACUUGCUUAAUUAAAUAGUUUUCUCUCUAUAAAUACAAUUAGAUGCUGCACGUAGCAUGCAAGCAUAAUCAUAUCCCAAUCAAUUUCUUUGUUCGAUCUUCAACUAGUCUAGCUUAUUCAUGGCUUUAAUCACUUUCUUUAUUUUUAUGAUCUUAUUCGCCGGCGGGCUGUCGUUCCCGGUUCCGGCGGAUCAUUACUAUCAAAUAAAUUUACCGAACGGAAUCGUUGGCCCGGAGAGUAUUGCUUUUGACUGUAACGGAAGAGGACCAUAUGUCGGUGUUUCCGAUGGGAGAAUCUUAAGAUGGGAGGAAUCUGUCCGAGAUUGGACUGAAUUUGCUGUCAUGACACAUAAUAGGAAUAGACAAUUGUGUGAUGGAAUAACCGACACCCGGAGGGAGCCAUUUUGUGGUCGACCGCUCGGAUUAAAGUUUCAUCCGAAGACUUGUGAACUAUACAUAACUGAUGCUUAUUUCGGGUUGAUGAAAGUGAGGCCGAAUGGCGGGAUUGCUACCCAACUUGCAAAUUCAGCUCAAGGACAUCCAUUCAUGUUCCUUAAUGAUCUAGACAUCAAUCCUAUUAAUGGAGCUGUCUAUUUUACCGACAGUAGCAUUCGCUAUCAACGAAGGGACUACUCAAAGAUAAUUUCCACAGGAGAUAGUACAGGAAGGUUGUUAAGAUUUGACCCAAAUACCAAACAAGUGCGCGUGUUACACGAUGGCUUGGCAUUUCCAAAUGGGAUCGUUUUGUCUAGGGACAAUUCGUAUCUUCUUGUAGUUGAAUCACAGAAAAAUCAAAUCUUAAAAUUUCCGCUUUCGAAUAACAGAACAAGAACUCCAAGUGUCUUUGCAAGGGUUGACAGGUUUGCUGAUAACAUCAGAAGGAAUGAUCAAGGAGAUUAUUGGGUUGCACUAAAUACAGCAAGAGAAGGAUACACUGAACCAGUGGGUUUGAAGUUUGAUGAAAAUGGUAGAUUGAUUCAAGUAGUGAAUGGUGAUAUUGGAAAUACUCUAGAGUUUGUCAGCCAUGUUGAAGAACACAAUGGAAGAAUGUGGUUUGGAUCUCCGAGACAACCAUAUGUUGGCACUAUUAUUAGAGUUUAGAUUUUAUUAACUAGUUAAAUAGGUAUUUGUUUUUAUUAAUAUUAUCAUACGAAUUCUUCCUAAUUGAAGACAAAUAUGUUUCAUGGAACUUCUUGUUGGUUUAUUUAUAAAUUCAUGUUUUAAGGGCAACAAGUUAACUAAACACU